GGGAACAUCGGACAUGAACAGAGAAACAGCACUGGCACGGAGAAUCAGCCUUUUGGCUUUACUCCCCGCUUUCAUCCUUCUGAUGUAACAAAUUGGCUCUGUGGCUGGUCCGUGAUCGGCUCCGAUUUUCCCACUGUGACCGAGAUUUACCGUAUCAUACUGAUCGGAGCUUUCGUGCCUCUUAUGAUGACCUCUUCCCGACAAACACAGCAGCACUCGAGUACCGUACGGUAUGGCAGUAUCCGCAUUAUUCGGGUGCGUUAAUAGAGUACAAGUACCAUCAUAGUACGGCUAUCGUAUCAUUCUCGAGUGCUCGUCCGGGCGAUAGAAACGGAGGCCCCCGCUUGAUUUCUGCCGACGCUUAGCGCUCAUAGGAAUGAGGAGGCUUCUCUCCCCACCUUCGUUUUACUGCUUUUUUUCUUUCCCUCUUUGCUUGUUUCUCCUCCUCCUCCUCCUCCCCCACCGCCUCUGCAUCCCUCUCUUUUUUCGACUUCACAUUUCCUCCUUCUCCCGGCUGUUUUCCCCCUCGUGAACCUCCCGAGUUUUUGGAAUUUAUUCAUAAUACCAUCGAGUCUACCCUUCACUAAAAAAAAAAGUCUUCACCAUGUUGUCCGGCAGAUCUUUAGCUCAGGUGUGUUUUCCCCUUGCACCCAAUCACCCUGCACGGCCGCUGUCAUCACGUGUGCGCUCGGAUGCAGACUGACUAUUUUUUAUUUUUCUUCCUCUGGCACAUCAAUUUGGUCGAAUCCACUGACCCGUUUUCCGCUUUACUCUUACCUUGUCCUCAGGCGCUACUUCGCACGGCAAAGGCCUCAAGCUCUCGCAAUGCUGUUUUUCCCGCUACAAGGGGUAUGUUCCUGCCAGCGAAGCUCACGUUGGGAGUGCCGUCGAUAUGCGGGGAUGAGAGGCUGACGGACGUAUGCAAUAGCAAUGGCCACCGUUGCCUCUGACCUUGUUAAACCUACCAAGUACGGUGGAAAGUACACGGUUACCCUAAUUCCCGGUAUGAAAACAUCGAGUCAUCUGGUUAGGGGGCCGUGUUGGGUGGUGCCGGUACUAAUGCUUUAUUUCUAUUUUUUCUGUUGACAGGCGAUGGUAUCGGUGCCGAGGUUACCGAAUCCGUCAAGACAAUCUUCAAGAGCGACAAUGUUCCAGUUGAAUGGGAACAGGUAGAUGUUACCGGUGUUGUUACUGGUAACUCACAUCCUGAGGAACUUUUCCGUGAAUCGGUUAAUUCUUUGAAGAGGAAUAAGGUCGGACUCAAAGGUGAGAUAUAUAUUGAGCUUCUUACUCAACCCUGAGUUUUUCACCCCCUCCGCAUUGUCAUUGUGUGGCACCGUGCACAUCGGGGAAUCUUUCUUGUUCCUCCUUUAUAUGAUGACAAAGAGCCAUAGCGCUCGAAUAACCCCAGCUCGUUGAGCGGCCCCCCAAAAAUUACAACGCUUAGAGGCCGCGGUGAGAUAGAAAUCCGUCUGAUACCGUGCCGGUAUUGUCUGCUCUCUUAUGCUGCGGAUUGAAGACACAUCUAUAGUGGUCUUGGACCGAAACGCUAACCGGUUUGCUGCAAUAGGCAUUCUAUAUACCCCUGUUGAGCGUUCCGGCCAUCAAUCGUUCAACGUCGCUCUUCGUCAGGAACUUGACAUCUAUGCGUCUGUUGUCCUGAUUAAAAAUAUGCCUGGUUACGUGACCCGCCACUCUGAUGUGGACAUGUGUAUUAUCCGUGAGAACACUGAGGGAGAAUACUCCGGAUUGGAGCACCAGUCGGUUCCGGGUGUUGUUGAAUCGCUCAAGAUUGUCACAAAAAUGAAAUCGGAACGUAUCAGCAAAUUUGCUUUCUCUUUCGCCACUGCCAAUCAGCGAAAGAAGGUCACCUGUAUCCAUAAGGCCAACAUUAUGAAGUUGGCCGAUGGGUUGUUCCGUACCACUUUCCAUGAGAUUGCCAAGAGUUACUCUCAACUGGAAGUUAACGACUUGAUUGUCGACAAUGCCUCCAUGCAGGCUGUUUCCAGACCUCAGCAAUUCGAUGUCCUUGUUAUGCCCAACUUGUACGGAUCUAUCCUUUCCAACAUUGGCGCUGCUCUCGUUGGCGGUCCUGGCAUCAUUCCCGGUUGCAACAUGGGAAGGGAAUACGCAGUCUUUGAGCCUGGAUGCAGGCACGUUGGUUUGGAUAUUCAGGGACGCGACCAAGCCAACCCUACUGCCUUGAUCCUCUCGGCCACCAUGAUGCUAAGACAUCUUGGUCUUGACGACCAUGCUACGAGAAUCUCCCAAGCAGUUUAUGAUGUUGUAGCGGAAGGGUAAGAUCCACAACAUAUUCCACAAAAUGCGCACAGGGCGACUGAUCGUUUCUACAGAAAGGUGAGAACAAAAGAUAUGGGUGGAAACAGCACUACUCAUGACUUCACCGACGCUGUUUUGAAGCACAUGGAGAGGCAAUAG